ACGCAGGCAUUUUCGGGGGAAAGGCGUUUCAUCUGCCGAUUCUAUCCGUAGUCUGCCAUUUUUGCUCCAGAAAAAGCCAGUGAAGCAAACCCGCGCUCAAUGUACCGCGGGAGUGCAGCUCUGCUUUUCCUCCGGCAGUAGGCGGCCGCCGACGCGCCUCCCGUGCCCUCGCCGCCUCGUCUUCUCCGCGUUUAAGCGAAACUGAACUUCAAGUUCGAGGUGUACGCGCCUCGCGUUGCGGGUUUUCAGGCGGCAGACAGAGGUGUCGAUGGCCGGACCAUGGAGCGGCGGCCCUGCGAAAUCCAGAUCGACGAUGAAUCGGCUGCUUCAUUGGCUAUAGGAAAGGGAUCACCCUGCAAACACGAUGGCAAGACAAGGAAAUAUUCAAGGCCAGAACUUCCAGAGGUGAGUCUUUAUUCCAUGGUGACAAUCUUCAUGAGCAUUCUAUACAAGAGGUUGAUAUGGACACAGAGGAUACCGAUGACGCUGAUGAUACAGCAGUUAACACCCAGUCUGGAAGCUCAAAGAAGGCCAUACCUGAAUCAGCAGACGAUGUACCUGAUCAAGAGUUCCACUUCUAAUUUUGAAGUUCUAUGAAGUGUGUCUCGGUGUGACAACCUGAAGGGUGUGAUCAGGAGGCAAAACUAGGAACUGGGAGCUUGGCUAUGGAGAAACAGAGCUGGAUAUCGCUAUCGCGUUCUCAAUGUGAAUGAAAUGUCUCAGUGCUACUAUGGAGUCUCACCCUUUCUUCUGUCAAAUUUGGAACAACUUCAUGGCCUGAUCAAGAGAAAAACUCUGGUUACUCUGUUUUCACGAAUUACUAUCUAACUGUAAGUCUGUUCUAAACCCUAAGCCCCUGUAAAUCUGAUGUAAGAUUAAGCUAUUUAACUUUUUUUUUGCGAAAUAAGCUAUUUAACUUUAACUUAAAAGAAUAAUAUGCUCUCAGUUGCUUUAAUCCGUCAGACCUAAAAAAUAGAUAUACUUUGCAAGCUUGAUGUAUGAGUAUGUAACUGAAGGAGUAUGACUUUUCUUAUUCCAUUUAAAAAGACACAAGGUUUGUUAGCCCUUUGAAAUGGUUAUGACAUAAAGCAGGCUGGGGCAUAGAUUUGGGUGACAUAAAUUUAUGACUUGCUCAGAAAUGGCAAACAGAAUUCCCAGCCAUUGAUCAGUUGAGAGCUUAUGCAAGAACUAUUUUAGAAGAGUUUUUAUUUAGCAUGGCCAAACAAAUAGUUGGGAUGAAAACGACUUUCUCUGUUAAGACAAACAAGAAACAAAUGAGAAAAGCUUUAGAGAUAGCCAGGGGCGCAGCUCAGUCUUUUAUAGUUGCUAUAGAAAACAACCAUGAGUACUCCCUCCUCCUUUUUCUGGGCUUGGGACCAGCUAUGCAUUCAGAUGACAUAGGCGGAGUUAUCUACUCCUACUUACACACCUAGAAAAACAAGAGCACACUACAUUUUAGAAAUAAUUCUUUUAAAAAAAUUUCUUGGUGUUUUUUCUAUUAUUGUUUUGAUGCCAUUUUCACCUUUUGAAAAAGAUACUGAAAUAGUAGUGCAUAUACACACAUACCCUUUUCCUAUUUUUUUUGUGCUUUUACUUUUUGAAUUCCCUUUUUUUGUCUUUUGAUCUUGAAGGAACAACAUAUAUAAUACACACACGCAUACACAUCUUUUUCUAUUUUUUUGUUUUUCCAACUUUUUCAUAUCUUUUACAUACCUAGGAUUUAAGGAUGGGAAACAAAUACACACGGCAGCCGGGGCAAUGUUGCACAAAAUUUUGCUGACCUACAAAGUAAAAUUAGUAUGAGAAUUGUGAUCAUUGUAAACAAACAUAGCAUGCUAACAAAAAAAGCUAUUGCAACUCAGAGUACAAUAUGUUCUAGCCUCGUAUCCGCUUGCUACUAAUCUGAUCUUAGUGUUUGCUGAAGUAGCGUUCCUAGCUGGCUUCAUCGACGAGCUUAUAACUACAUUGUCUCUGAAGGGAUCGAGAAUUUUUCCGGUGAAUUGGAGUGGCUUACUUAACUGGCUAAACUGAGCUAAGUGGCCUAGCUGGAUGUGAUACACAGGUUUUUUAUUCCCAUCACGGAGUGAUUUCUGUACAGUACAACUGCAAGGGCGUCAAUUAAUUAACCAUCCUUGAAGCGCAAUGCCGGCUUAUGGUUCACCAUGCAUGGCAGGAAGGUGGUAAAUACAACAAUGGCAUUGGCGCCUAGCAAGUUCGUCCACCUGAAGUACAUGAGUAUUGAGUAUUUAGUAUUCAUGGGGCCUAUGAUUAUUUUUCUCCGGUUUCUUUCCUUGCUGCCCCUCCCACCAUGAAGACAUUCAUACUCAAUGUAGGUCACUAUUCAUUCUGCAAAUAUUUUUGAAUGCAUUCAUCCUGGAAAUAUAACAAGUCUACUGAUCUGGCUACCAUCCAUCGAUGAAUUGCUUUUUGGUGACCCCUCACCUCCAAGGCAGAUGCCAAGAUACCUGCAUGACAAGCUCCACCCGAGAGUGGACAUCUCUAGCUAGGUUUUACUCUUCAAAGAGCUUGACUGAACUGCGUCCCAUAUUCUUGAAAAUUCACCAUCAAUCGAGUGCCUUACAUUGGAGACCCUACUGAUCGUGGUUUCAGGUCUUCUGGCGCCAGAGAUGCAGAGUCGUCACGGUGCAGACGGGUACACCCAGAAGUUUUGAGAGCUUAACUGUCGGCAUUUUUUGGACAACCUCGCGAGAGGACAGGGUAUUCCUGCAAUUUGUUAAGAAUAUAGAGUAAAUAGAUUUGCGGGAGCUUAGCUAGUGUCGUUUCUUUCAGUAGCCUAGUAAUAAGCUAAGCUGCUCGUUACUGCUUGAUUUUAGGUUAAAGUUGCUUCCAGGCCCGUGUACUGGGGCUGUGAAGAGAGUGAUUCGUGGGUUUGCAGGACCCUGCUGGUUCGUUGGGGAGCAGGCCGGGCGUUUAGCGUGUUGCUGUAGAAAUCCUGUACUGAAUCUCAUCAGACACGAUCAGGAGUUGCAGUAGAAAGGAAUGAGGUCGUCGCUAUUGCCCCCUCAUAAUUGACAUUUUCUCUUCCCUGAUAACUUUUGUAUUUGCACUUCGAGUUUGGAUUUGAUUUUUUUCA